GUGCAAUCAGUGCAGCGUGGCGCUGGCGGCUGCGGCGGCCAGGUCUUCCAGCGCAUCAAGGAGAACAACCCUGUCUUCAACCCGAUUCGGGACUGCAAUGAGGGCACGGAAGGGUUUUUCGAGGACGCGAGUGGUAGUGCUUCUUCGGGCGGCCAGUUCUUCCAGCAAGAGAACGCGAACGUGUCCGCCCACAACACGAUCCAGCAUUAUCUCGAGGGCACGGAAGGGUUCUCUGAUGAG